AUGGCCUCGUACUCUUUGUUCUGCUUGGGAAACCCCCUUCUCGAUAUCCAGGUGACUAGCGAUGAGGUCCUCAAAAAAUAUGAGUUGAAGGCGAACGAUGCUAUCCUAGCCGAGGAGAAGCAUCUGCCCAUCUAUGAAGACCUUGUGAAAAACCACAAGGUCACAUAUGUCGCCGGUGGUGCUUCCCAGAAUGCUGCUCGUGGUGCUGCUUACGUCUUGCCUCCGAAAUCCGUUGUUUACACGGGAUGCGUUGGCAAGGACGAGUUGGCCGAGCAACUCAAGGCCGCUAACAAGCGUGAAGGGCUUGAUGAGGUUUACCAGGUGAAGGAAGACGAAAAGACCGGAGCUUGUGCGGUCGUUAUUACUGGCCACCACAGAUCACUAGUCACCACACUCCGCGCGGCGGAGAAGUUUGACAAGUCACAUCUCAGUUCCGCCGCAGUCGCACCAUUGGUUGAAGCGGCCAAGGUCUACUACGUCGAAGGCUACUUCUUGACGCACGGUACUGAGACCGUCCUCGAGCUUAGCCAGAAAUCCGCCGCUGCUGGAAAGACAUUCGCCCUCAACUUCUCCGCCCCCUUCAUUCCUCAAUUCUUCGGCGCUCAGCUACAGCAAGUCCUCCCCUACUGUGACAUCAUCAUCGGUAAUGAAGCUGAGGCUGAGGCCUAUGCCACCGCGAACGGUCUCCCCGACCCCAAGGAUCUGCCCGCCAUUGCCAAGUACAUCGCCCUCCUCCCCAAAUCCAAUGCAUCGAAACCACGCACUGUCAUAUUCACCCAGGGUGCGGAAUCAACCGUAUACGUUACCUCCACCGCUCCAGAUAGCCCGAAGGUGGUAGCUGUCCAUGCCUUGACUGAUGCGGAGAUCGUCGACACUAACGGUGCUGGUGACGCGUUCGCUGGUGGAUUCUUGGGAGCGUACGUCGCCGGCAAGGAACUCGAUGAGUGCGUUGAAGUUGGCCACAAACUGGGCAGCAUGUGCGUGCAACAGGUUGGCCCGCAAUACAAAUGGCCGAAAGUCCAAGUACUAUAG